UAGAAAUAAAACCUGUUUUAAUCGAAUGCAUUGCAAGAGUACAACAACGCAACUUUAUCAUCACUAAUUCCUGAGCGCGUUGGCAGCACUUUCCAACCUGGCAACCCUCUGUACCAGCACAGCUGCUUCUUCUUCUUCUUCCACCCGCUUGGGUUUCUGUGGUCCCAUUUUAGUUUGGAAUUAAAAUAAAUUAACUCACACUCGGUAUUCGAUGGGCUUUUAGCCAAAUACAUACCGAAAUGCAUUCGAGUGCAGUUAUUGAUUUAAUUAGUGUGUAUCUGAAAGGAAAAUUGCGUAACACACGACGCCUGCAAGGAGCGAAAAGAAGAAGAACCACCAGGAGAAGGAUAUUAAACAGUGAUUUAUUUUUAUAGUAGAUUUUUCCUUGGCAAAUAAAGUUGCAAAAGCGCUAAUUUGCGCCAGAAGGUAUGCAACCGCAGUCGGACAAACAAAGCGCCAGCAGACUCGCAACAACAACUAGCCACACAACAGCAGCAACUUCCGCAACAGCAGCAGCUGGCACUCCUCCGAAAGUAAAGGUCAUCAAAAGCAAACGCCCCCUGUGCCACUUUAAGUUCUACCUGGAUAUCUGCGAUCACCAGCUAGCGAAGCGUAUUGAAUCUGAUAUCAAGGCUUUGGGUGGACAUCUUGAAUUUUUUCUGAGCGACAAUAUCACACACUUUGUCACCGAUAAACCAGAAGCCAGCUCCGGUACACCCGGAACACAAGGAACUCCAAGCACUCCCACCAACCACUAUCAACAGGAUGAUGGUUCGGCAAGGAAGCCGAAUCAAAGGCAAUCAAGAGCGGAUGCUAUACUAAGUCGUGUGCGAAGGAGCACCGUUGGGGUGGCAAACAGCAGCAAUAGCACGCCUACAACAUCAAUAAAGCGAAGCUAUACCAUCUGGCAAACGGAUUAUGCGCAGCGAUUUAUAAAGCGUAUUCAGACCGAGCUUAAACAAUACCUCGAGGAAAAAGAAGGUGGAACAGGGGCAGCCUCAGCUAGCCCACAUCACAUUCAGCUAAAAAAGCAGUAUGUGAAGAUCGAAUCCGUAAAGCGUAACUAUAGACCUUACUAUCAUCUCAUCAAGCAGCCAGACGACUGGCCAAAGAUAGAUUUAAGCAGCGAAGACGGCGCCUUUCGACUAAUAACCAAGUCGAAGACAAAGGAGAAGGAGCAGAGUAUGACCCGCAAGUCUUUGGGUUCACGCACGUCUCAGAAGGAAAAGCCAGGUGAAGACAAGCCCCGGCAUCCAGCUCUGCAGCAGCUUAAAAAACAGUCGGCAAUUCCGAAUAGUCCACGUUCCAAUUGUCGUGAACCCAAGGAUUCGAGUGAGAAACAAGGAGGAGUGUGCGAGAUCUGCAAAUUGGAAUACGAUAUCCUAAAUAUCCAUUUGCAGAGCAAAGAUCACGAACUGUUUGCCAAGAACCCAGAUAAUUUCCUGGCUCUUGACACAUUAAUUCGUAGUUCAGCGGAUGUGAAUCGGUUCCUAGAGGCGGAACCCGAAGAGAGUGAACUGGACAUGGAUGUGGAUGAAUCAAUAAGUAAUGAGGAGCUGCAGAGUCCCCGUCAAAGGCCAUCGCCGGCACUGCGCGAGAAGUCUAAAAGAAUAACCAAGGGGAAGCAUUCGUCGGAAAAGUUUCAAGCAGCAGCAGUUCCCUCACCUCAAACGCCUUCUCCGAGUGGCAAAAAGGUUCUGGGAAACCUACCUGGGAGUCUUUCGGAGCUGCAGCGCCAGGAGCAUCCUACCACUGCGGCGGCAACACCCACAACUAAUUCGGGUCGUAGGAAAACACAGAACUCAGGGUUGUCACCGCCAAUAAGAGCCAUGUUGCCGCCUUCCUCGCUUUACAAAGUUGUGGAAACCAGGGAGGAAUGUGCUACACCUCCGAGAGGAAGAGGAAGGCCACCCAACCAGGUGGACUCGCCAUCGCUAAUCGUCAAGUUCCAAAAAAUCCGCCAAACCGAGCUGCAACGACUUAAUGGUGAGGCGGAGAAUUUUAUGUUUCCUAGGACAGCGGUGUCAACCACGCGGAGCAGUAGUGAGUUGCCCACAGAUGUGGAUAGGCAAACCACAUCGGAUGUGAGAGGCAGGUACAGCAUUUCCUCCGCUAGCUUAGACACCAGCACCAGCGAAGCAGAGACGAAAGAAUCUUCAGGAUUGCCCACUUCUAGCAUACGUAAGCGAGCUCAGGCGGUAGGACGGCGGAGAAAAGUAGGAGGAGGAGCAGCGCCCCAGGAGCAGCUACUCCAACGCCAGUUGUCCACCGGGAGCAGUAGCAGCAAUAGCAACCAGCAGCGCUUUCCGAGCGCCCCCAUCCAGCCAGAAGAAGAGCCUAAACCGCAGCCACAGCCGCAGCUAAAGAUCAAGAUAAAGCAGGAGCAAGUGGUGGCCACCAGGAAAAGCAGUCGCACAGCUACGGCUAUUGUGACAGCCGCCACCGCAAGUAGUCAUCAGCAGCAGCAACUGAGGCAGACAACCAGUCGGAAAAUGGCAAAUAAACUGGAGGAUCGGAUGGGGGAAUCAGAAAAGCCGAAAAUAAAAAUUAAGAAGGAAGUAGUUGAAGUGGAGGAACUGUUUGAGGAUCUAGAAAAUAUUUUGGAUGACGAUUUAGAAGAGGAGGUGGAGAGCAGCUUAUCAUCUGGCAGCGACGAGGACUACGUAUCUGGCAGCCAACGAAAAGUCCCGGCAACCCAUCGCAAAUCCACGGAUACUCGAGAACAGAGAGCAGCUAGGCGGCUUUCGAGAUUAACCAUAAACCGAAGUGCCGGAGAGAUGGAGUUGACCGAAACCAAAUCGUCGCCCACGAGAAGAAGUCGCGGCAAAAGCCAGAAGCUUUCGAGUCCUACGAAAAACAAGGGUAAACAGCCGAAGGUGGUGCCACCAGCGAUAGACUUGUUCUUUGAUUGUAGCAAAAGUGAAAGGCUACAAGAAAUGCAGUACACCUUUGAAUCGCUGCCAAGCGGAGAGCUAUGGAAUCGGGUGUUUCUGCGACAGGACGCGGGUGAAGAGAACUAUUACACGUAUUACGGUAGCACUAACUAUAGGAAACUGCCCUAUGAAAUGGGUCCCAUACCCAUGUCUAAAACAUUGCCAGCACACAGUUGUGCUUUGUGCCGCGAAGCAAACGAAGGAAAGCAGGAGAAGGAAGUGCAGCUGAAACAGGAGGACCAGAAGCCUGUUCCGAAGAAGGAAGAGGAAGCCCAGUCCUCCUCUUGUGCUACUUUCAAGAACAAGAAGCUGCAUCUCCUCCAGCGAUAUCAGCAGGAGCAGGAGCAACUGCAGCAACUAGAGGGGAGUUCUUUAGCAACUGCCGUAGCCAAAUGUGAUAGCAAGGCCAGCACGCCAGAGCUUCUGGAGAGGGAGUUUGCCUCAGGUUCUCUGGGCGAUCGAGUGCAGCUGAUCGAGAGGGUGAGAAGCACCUCUAGUUCCAGUUGCAGCAACAGUCAGCGUAGUGGGAUUACCUGCCGGAAUAAGCAGCUGGCGCGAAUUGCCGAGCUGCCGCCAAGGAAGUCUCCCAGAGAACACGCUUCUACACUGGCUUUGGUUAGUUGCAUUAUUCGACAGCGUCAGGACUCGCAAAGUAAAACCAACUCUGAAGCGGAAGAGCCACCCCCUCCGGUGGUUGCUCCUAAGCUGAAAACUCCUGUGAAGCAGGAACCAAUUGCACCUUCAUCGCCUCGAACAACUCGUUCCCAAGCUGCCACUCCUGUCGAAGAAAUUCGAUUUGCCACCGAGAUUAGUGAGACGGUUAAGAGAAUGAGGCGUGGACAGAACAAAUACGAUCAUUCCCCGCCAGCACCAGCGCCGAAUCCCACGCCGGGAACUUCUUCGCCAGCCAGAAGUCGUCGGCUGACACCUGCAGCACAAAAUCUGACUCACAGUUACUCGCGUCGGUUGGAAUUCUCGACCAGUCGAAGAGAAGCGUCAGCGAGUGUGCUUUUGGGCAAGCGAAACAGAAGAGGCAACCCGCUGUUAGCCACUGCAGGGAGGGUCAAUCCCCAACAAGCCACCGGAUUAGGUGCCCUUCGAGGAGUUCGCAAAUUGACCAGCAAGAAGGGUCUGCUCGAAUACGAAAUGGAACCAUAUGCCCUCAAAGCUUUGGACCAAGCCACCCAGUAUUGUAAUCCAGGUUUCGUUGCUUGGCAGUUGGAUAAAUAUCUAGAGCUAGCUGGCAAGGAGUAUGAUCUGGAUGUAGAUGAACUGCCAGUGGAGAAGGAGACUGAAGGAAGAGAAGAAAGGCUUGCCAAUACUCCCCAAACUCCACCACCCACAGAUUGCUUCACCAGCGAAUUCGACCUCUGCGAUCUCAUUUUGGGCGACGCUGGGAGUGGCGAUGAUGAAGAGGACUUAGCCAGAGGAAACUUACCAGGCUCCAGUAGACGGAACAAUCUCAAUCUUUAUGCCAGCUGUUAUAGGAAGAAGAAGAGCCUUAAAUCUAAUCGAACGGGUUGGCCAAAAGCUCAAAGAAGGCGCAACGCAGGAGGAUUGGUUAGCCAACGAUCUAUGCCAGAUGAGCGAAUUAAUUUCCAGAAAAUUGGUAUCGCCGAGCUUCAUCCUAUUAAGCAAGAACCUAUGGAAACAGAGGAGGAGCAGACCACGACCACCACAACCACUACGACAUCUGCGACAAGGGAAAAACUUUUGAGCAAAGAAGAUGAGGAUGAUGAAGGUGGCGGCAAUCCAGGUGGUAGAGAUGGCGAAGGAUCGCCUGCCGAUGAUAAACAGAAUUCCCAAGAAGAUACAGUCAUGACUCCGCCAGCCACCGAUGUGGACGAACAGGCUGAACCGGAGGCGGAUGAAAUGGAGAGUCUGCCCGAGGAGGAUGAGACUGUGGCGGAUUCUGUUGAUCAGCAGCAGGAUGAUGAAGCCGAGAUUGAAGCCACCGAUGCGGAUGUCGAAGAGGAGGAGGAGGAGGAUGAGGAUGUCUUUGAAGAUGCGUACGAAGAGCAGGAGAUCGGCAAGAAGAGCGCGGAUCCGCCGGAGAAACGAGCACGAUUACCCUCCAUAUCCGUAACCACGCCGCCAGACGAGCACUCGACGACGCCUGGCAAGAAGCUCCUGCUCACCCUGCAUAAUGGUCAGCGGCUGCAGGCAACCUCAACGCCAAGUACUGGGCCAGUCCAACAACAGCAGCGGAGAACUCCUCAGCUGAACGGAAGCCUGGGCAGCUGCAUUUCGCCGAGUGAGAAACUGGGAGAUAAUUCGGACAUCUUCACCGUCUCCUCCGAUGGCCUGGACACUGAUCUGGAUCUGAGCAACACCCAGGCGGGCGAUUCGCACGAGCAUUGCCCACACCAGACGACGCCCAAGCGAAAGUUCGACAUCUCAAAGUAUGCGCCACCGAAUAAUGGAAAGGCAGCUAGCAGUUGUGCCGCUGAAGCCGCCACAGCUGCCGUCAAGUCCCUGGCCAUCUCGCAGUUCCUCAAGAAGGAGGUGCGUGUCACCUGCCGGCGGCUGAGGGCGCCAUUCCGGCGCUUUCGAUAUCGCCGCUGAGCAACCUGUGUCAUCAUUAUCAUCAUCCAGAUCAAGAAACGCAUCAUUCAGAACCAAUCACGUUUAGCUUUUAGUGUGUACAGCGACGUUGAGUAAUAAGUUUCAGUUUUUAGGUAUUUUUAGGCCACAAAUCCCUCCAAAACCACAAAAACAAAUCGAUUUAAAUUCCAUACUCGUUUCAAAUUCAUUUCUGGUUAAUUUCGGUGAUAUUGUAACUGAUUGAAGAACUAUUAAAGUGCUCGUUUCAAUCGAUCUGAGUACUUUAAUACGUUUCGAAAAGUUCCAUGUGAUGAAUAGGAAUUUCGCCAACUUUAAUUCAGAAAGGAAUGAAAAAACCCAACACCAACCAUCAACUAAAUGUAGCAUAAUUAAAACACACACAAACCACACACGAAAUUACGUACAUAAGCCUUAGUUUAAUCUUAGUUUAGCACAAAUUCCCUGCCCCCCCGGAAAAUUAAAACUGAUCAACACUUUCGGACUAUUCCAAAAUCUCUCAUUUUCAAACUAGUUUUAAGUAGUAAAGUUUCCAUUUAUCGUUUUUGUUUUUUACUGUGGAAAUCACCUAUUAAACUGUUUUCAUUUUCUUAGCCAUGUAUUAUUAUCAAGUCAACGCUCAAGCAAAUAAAAAAGGAAGAAAGUAAACUAUGUAACAGAUAAAUUAAAUUUAAACAAAAACCAAAAGCAAUUGUAAAAAUAUUAAAACAAAAGAGUAAAUUAAAUAUUCAAUUAAACACCUAUCGAUUUUGAUUUAUUAAACGUAUAGUGAAAGGGAUGGAAUUUUAGUGGAUAAAAACAAGCAUACAGGUUUUUAUUUUAAUUUUUUCCUAUUUUCUUAAAUUGUACGAGUAUUUUUAAAAUUGGCACAUAUUAAUAAUAAUAUUUGAGAAAUGUUUUGGGAGCCUUUUGGCUUUUAUAGUUGAUUGCAGUAACUAAUGUAGAUUAUGCAAUCCCGUUUCGCCAUCAUUCAUGCCGCACCUAUAACAUUCCCAUGAUCCACCAUCCUUAUUCCCCCUGCUAUUGGUCACUUUUUUGAUUCGAUCCCAUCCCAAUUUAGACUUGCGCAAACUCAUCAAGUAUGAGGAACGUCUGGCGGAGAACGCAAAGGAGGACAAUUUCAGCAGCCUGCA